AUGCCUCUGCCCAGGACAGGUGGCGCUCUGGCCCAGUCCAGGAGGCCUAUCCUGGGGCUCAGCCUUAGCCCCUCUCCCCUGUGUAUGCUGCUGCUGUCGAUGAUCCUGAUAACCAGCCCCCUGAGCAGCGUCUGUGGACCACUGGCUCCCCCAAAGUUCACCAAGAUUCCCACCGACCAGAUCGGAGUGUCAGGGGGUGUGGCCUCAUUUGUGUGCCAGGCUUCCGGCAAUCCCAAGCCUAACGUCUACUGGAACAAGAAGGGCAAGAAGGUCAACUCUCAGCGUAUCGAGACCGUAGAGUUUGACGAGGGUGCGGGCGCCGUGCUGAGGAUCCAACCGCUUAGAGCUCCCCGGGAUGAGAACAUCUACGAGUGUGUGGCACGCAACAGUGAAGGAGAGGUGUCCGUCACUGCAAAGCUGGCCAUUAUUAGAGAUGACCUGCUGCCAUUCGGCUUCCCCAGUAUAGACAUGGGUCCCCAGCUGAAGGUGGUGGAGCGGACGAGGACGGCCACCAUGCUGUGUGCUGCCAGCGGCAUCCCCGACCCCGAGAUCUCCUGGUUCAAAGACUUCCUGCCCGUCGACCACAGCACCAGCCGGGGUCGCAUCAAACAGCUUCGAUCAGGAGCUUUGCAGAUUGAGAACAGCGAGGAAACCGACCAAGGGAAGUACGAGUGCGUGGCCACCAACUCUCAAGGUGUACGCUACUCCUCCCCCGCAAACCUCUACGUGCGAGAGCUUCGAGAAGGAGCAACAGACACAUUGCGCCGUGUGCCCCCUCGCUUCUCAAUCUUCCCCUCCAACCACGAGAUCAUGCCGGGCGGGAGCGUCAACAUCACCUGCGUGGCCGUGGGCUCGCCCAUGCCCUACGUCAAGUGGAUGCUGGGAACUGAAGACCUGACCCCCGAGGAUGAGAUGCCAAUUGGCCGGAACGUGCUAGAGCUGAACAGCGUGCGGGAGUCUGCUAACUAUACCUGUGUGGCCAUGAGUAGUCUGGGCACCAUCGAGUCCAUCGCUCAGGUCCUCGUCAAGACUUUGCCGAAGCCUCCCGGCACACCCAUUGUCACGGAAACCACCGCCACCAGUGUGACCAUCACCUGGGACUCCGGCAACCCAGACCCAGUCUCCUACUACAUCAUCCAGUACAGAGCCAAAGGGCCGGACAGCAAGUACGAGACCGUGGACAGCAUCACCACCACCCGCUACAGCAUCGGGGGGCUAUAUCCCAACACCGAGUAUGAGAUCAGAGUGUCAGCCUUCAACAGCAUCGGCCAGGGCCCCCCCUCUACGCGCGUGGAGGCUCGGACAGGAGAGCAGGCCCCGGCCAGCCCUCCCCGAAACGUCCAGGCUCACAUUAUCUCUCAGAACACGGUGAUGGUCCGCUGGGAGGAGCCGGAGGAGCCCAAUGGACAGGUGAAAGGCUACCGUGUGUACUACACCAUGGACCCGUCCCGGCCCAUGAAUGAGUGGCAGAUUCAUAACGUCCAGGACAGCGUGAUCACCACCAUUCAGAGCCUCAUCACCUCAGAGACGUACACCAUCCAAGUCCUGGCCUUCACCUCUGUUGGGGACGGACCCUUCUCGGACCCUGUCCAUGUCAAAGUCAUGCCAGGAGUCCCCGGUCAGCCAGGGAAGUUUAGAGUGGGCAAGGUGACGGACACCAGCAUAGAGGUGACGUGGGAGCCUGCGUACACCAAGGAGGGAAUCGUCAACUAUGAGCUGCUCUACAAACCAGUCAAGUUUGGCAGUUUGGAGAAGCUGACCUUUGGGCCGAGGAACUCUUACACAGUGGAGGGUCUAAAAGCGAACACCGAGUACUCCUUCUCCCUGGCCGCCAUCUCCAGCAAAGGCAUCGGCGCGUUCACUAAUGAGCUGGUGCAGAGGACGUCACAAGCCAAGCCCUCUGCUGCACCCAAGGGUGUUUCCUGCGAGAGUGCCAGCUCCACCUCGCUGAGGGUAAGUUGGAGGCCGCCUCCAAUCGAGGGCCAGAAUGGCGAGUUGGCAGGUUAUGAGCUGAGGUACCAGAGAGUUUCUGGGGCAGGCGGCCGUGGUCAGGGCCAGGAGAUGAAGGGGCUUCCUAUCCCAGCCCAGCAGGGGCAGACAGUGGUUGAGGGGCUGGAAAAAUGGAGUUGGUACAACAUCACCGUGGCGGCCUCCACCACAGAGGGGACUGGACCCAGCAGUCCGACUGUGCUUUGCAGAACUGAUGAGGAUGUUCCUGGUGCACCCCCUCGUCAGGUGGAGGUCCAGCCACUCAACUCCUCAGCACUACGAGUCACCUGGCGAUCGGUAGUGCCUCGAUUACGGCUAGGCCAGAUCCGAGGCUACCAGGUGCACUUCAGCCCGGCAGAGGGCGGCCAAUCACGUAACCUUCCCCGAAUCAAAGACCUCUUAUUGGAUGAGUCUCAGAUGGAGGAGGAUGACACGACUCAAUACGAGCUGAUUUUGGGUAUUCUGAAACCAGAGACUGUGUACUCUGUCUCAGUGGCAGCAUACACCACCAAAGGGGAUGGAGCGCACAGCAAAGCCAAGCUGGUGCAGACCCUGGGGAUUGUGCCUGGCCCUCCCUCACUUUGGGUGCGUCCGGGAUCAGGUCCAUCAGUGAUGGUGCGGUGGGCUCCUCCUCUAGAGUGCUCUGAUUCAGGCCCUGAUGGCCGGGGGACCCCAGUGGAAAUCCAGGGCUACCGCCUACUGUUUGGCCUGAAGAAUACCACUUUAAACACCACGGUGGAUUUCACAAAUCGGGAGAAAAACUUCACUGUCAAAAAUCUCUCACCAGGCUCCUCCUAUAUCUUUGUCCUCUCCGCAAAGAGCCGAGCAGGCUAUGGUGAUGUAGUGCAGCAAGAAAUAACAGUUCCCAUGUUCCAACCCUUGGGGUACCCCAAAAUAUCUGACUUUGUUAAUGCCACUUGCUGCUCCCUCCAGCUGUCCUGGCUGCCCCUUGCCCCAGAGGACUCCAACGGUAUCAUAACAGAGUACACCAUAGCUUACAAAGAGGCUGGAGGCCCCAAUCCCUCUGCUGGCCCCAGCUCCUCUGCCUCACCAGCCCUCCCUUCUCCCCCAUGGCUGAUCACACUACUGGCGAGUGAUUCCAGCUUCAUCAUCUUGGGCCUUAAUCACAGCACGGCCUACGAGUUGCAGCUCAGAGCCAACAACAAGGCAGGGCCCGGCCCCUUCAGCCCACCUCUGGUUUGCCAAACCCUGGCUCUUGAAACAGAUGUCCCAAGGAAUUUUUCAGUCAAUCUGGCCACUAAGACCAGUGUUCUUCUGACCUGGGAGUUUCCAGAGAGCAGCAAUCCCUAUCGCUUCACUGUGGAGUAUAACCGGCAAAAGGUGGAGGUGGACGCCAGGCUGAGAAAGGCAGUCAUCCCAAACCUUCAGCCUGACACCAGCUACGACUUCAAGAUUACUGCUCCCGAAGGCAACAUGGGAGGCCUUCGCCACCGCAUCAGCGCCAAGACCUCUCCGCCAAUCACCAUCCGCCGCCCUGAAAUCGAUCACACCCGCGACACCGAGACCACGGUCACGAUAAUCCUGCCGUCCCUGGAAAAUCGCACUCCUGUCAAGAAUGUGUACGUUGUUGUGGUUCCACUGAGGAGAGCCCGCGGGGUCAUCAAACACCUCAAGAGUCCUGAUGAAAUGGACCUAGAAGAGCUGUUGAAAGACAUCAGUCAGAGGCAGAGGGAUUCUCGGCAGCAGAAGCAGGUGGACUUGCGUCGGGCUUACAUCACGGCCCGUUUCACACCUGCCACCCUGCCGGCCUUCUUCACCCUGGGAGACCAGCUGGACUACGGGGGUUUUGAAAACCGAGCGCUUGAGCCGGGGCAGGAGUACGUCUUCUUCAUCCUGGCUGAGCUCAACUCCACCACCGGGAAAAUGUACGUGGCCAGCCUUUACACAGAUCCAGUCAUCGCCCCUGAUUCAGACCCUCAGCCCCUGGACGCAGGUGAUGGUCUGAUCUGGGUGGUGGGACCUGUCCUGGCUGUGGUCUUCAUCAUCUGCAUCGUCAUCGCCAUCCUCCUUUACAAAAACAGCAAACCUGACAGCAAGCGCAAGGACUCGGAGCCCGGAACCAAAAGCCUUCUGGGUAAUGCAGAGAUGAUGGCCCAUCAUCCAACGGACCCCGUGGAGAUGAGACGCAUUAACUUCCAGACUCCCGGAAUGAUGAGCCAUCCCCAGGUCCCCAUCAGCGAGCUGUCGGAGCACAUAGAGCUCCUGAAAGCCAACGACAACCUGAGACUCUCGCAGGAGUACGAGUCCAUCGACCCGAGUCAGCAGUUCACCUGGGAACAUUCCAACCUGGAGGUCAACAAGCCCAAAAACCGCUAUGCUAAUGUGAUCGCGUACGACCACACCAGAGUCGUCCUGGCUCCCAUCGAUGGCUCGUCUGCAGGUAUCCUGGGGAGCGACUACAUCAACGCCAACUACGUUGACGGCUACAGGAAGCAGAAUGCCUACAUCGCUACCCAGGGGCCACUGGGGGAGACGUUCGGGGACUUCUGGAGGAUGGUGUGGGAGCAGCGGGCCGCCUCUGUUGUCAUGAUGACGCGCCUGGAGGAGAAGUCACGGAUAAAGUGUGAUCAGUACUGGCCCAGCCGCGGCACAGACACACACGGGAUGAUCCAGGUCACCCUGCUGGACACGAUGGAGCUGGCCACCUUCUGCGUCCGCACCCUGUCCCUACAUAAGAGUGGCAGCAGUGAGCGGAGAGAGGUGCGUCAGUUCCAGUUCACAUCCUGGCCAGAUCACGGUGUGCCAGAGUAUCCCACCCCCUUCCUCAACUUCCUCCGCAGGGUCAAAGCCUGCAACCCACCCGACGCCGGACCCAUCAUCGCUCACUGCAGUGCUGGGGUCGGUCGCACUGGUUGCUUCAUCGUCAUCGAUGCCAUGCUCGAACGCAUCCGACACGAGCGCACCGUGGACAUUUACGGCCACGUGACCCUGAUGCGCUCGCAGAGGAACUACAUGGUGCAGACGGAGGACCAGUACAGCUUCAUUCACGAGGCCUUGCUGGAGGCCGUGGCCUGCGGCAACACGGAGGUGGCCGCCAGGAGUCUGUACUCCUACAUGCAGAAGCUGUCGAAGGUGGAGACCGGAGAGCACGUCACCGGCAUGGAGCUGGAGUUUAAGCGACUGGCCAACACCAAAGCCCACACGUCCCGCUUUGUCACAGCCAACCUGCCUUGCAACAAAUUCAAGAACCGCCUGGUCAACAUCAUGCCCUAUGAAACCACCCGUGUCUGCCUGCAGCCAAUCAGAGGCCUGGAGGGCUCCGACUACAUCAAUUCCAGCUACAUAGACGGAUACAGGCAGCAGAGAGGCUACAUUGCCACCCAGGGUCCACUUGCUGAGACUACAGAGGACUUCUGGAGGAUGCUGUGGGAGCACAACUCCACCAUAGUGGUCAUGCUCACUAAACUGAGAGAAAUGGGCCGGGAGAAGUGUCACCAGUACUGGCCUGCCGAGCGCUCAGCCAGGUACCAGUACUUCGUGGUGGAUCCCAUGGCGGAGUACAACAUGCCUCAGUACAUCCUGCGGGAGUUCAAAGUCACAGACGCCAGGGACGGCCAAUCACGGACAGUGCGUCAGUUCCAAUUCACUGAUUGGCCAGAGCAAGGUGUGCCCAAAUCUGGGGAGGGCUUCAUUGACUUCAUCGGCCAAGUGCACAAAACCAAGGAGCAGUUUGGUCAGGAUGGACCAAUCAGUGUUCACUGCAGUGCUGGUGUGGGGCGGACCGGUGUUUUCAUCACUCUGAGUAUCGUCCUGGAGAGGAUGCGUUACGAAGGAGCGGUGGACAUCUUCCAGACCGUCAAAAUGCUGCGGACACAGAGGCCAGCCAUGGUGCAGACUGAGGACGAGUACCAGUUCUGCUAUCAGGCUGCUCUGGAGUACCUGGGAAGCUUUGACCACUAUGCAACGUAA